AUGAGUUAUAAUUUGCAUUUUCGAAUUUUUUACUCCAAAAAAGUAGUAAUUUAUUUACCUAUAGUAAUUGUUUAUAUUUGUUUUGGUUUGGCUAUAUCUACAAUUGCUUUAGAUAUUGGGUCUACUUAUGUCAAAAAACUUUAUUAUUUGGGUCGGAAAAUAAGAAAUAUUGCAAGUAUUAAAAUUUGGUUUGGUGCAAAACAUUUACGGGUCAGAGAAUUGUUGGUAGCUUUAGGACAAAAUAUCGGUUUAGAACCUGCUGUUUUGUGUGAUUUAGAUUUGGAAAAAUUAAUUUCUAAUGCUAUUCAAGUAAAGGAAGGAAGACUUAAUAGAGUACCUCAAACACAUAUGAUUAUGGAUGGAAUUUGGCCACCAGAAUUAGUUCCUCUAUUUCUUAGAGACGGGCAAUUCCCAGAAUGGGUAGAUGCAGAUGAAAGAAAUAAACGAAAAUGGAGUGCCAUAAGCCUUUUACAAAUCCAAAAACGCCUUAGAAGCAGUUUACGUGGUGGCGGGGGUGGGGGAGGAGGAGGUUCCUAUCGUUCAUCAACGGGACAACGUUCACAAUCAGAAAUGUCUAAUAGAAAAAGUUCUGCAAUAAAUAGGGGAAGUGCUAGAUCUACUUUACGAACAAUUAGCAGUAGUCAUCACCCGCCAGACACAACACCCCCACUACCUCCUGAAAGACUUUCUGUUCGAUUUGAGGAAUUUGUUCACUCUUACGAUGACGAAGAAGAAAAAUAUUCAGAAUCAUCCCCUAUAAAUAAAUAUUUUUCAAAUCAACAUUUUAUGCGCAAAUCAGAAACUGUGCCUUCUACAAAUAAUCCCGAUAUUUCAUUGGCACGUUUGUGUACAUUUCCUUCACUGGCUUUUCGUUACAAAGAACAACAAGAGAUUAAUAAUAAAAAACAAAAUUCUUUUAAAAAUAGAAAAAAAUCGAAUCAAAAAUAA